GUGAGCGCAGCGAAGUCCCAACAUUUAAGUGAUGCCGAAGCACCCACACCCACGUCCGCUACGGAAGCGGGCCUUCUUAAACCUGACCCUCACGCAGCUCUUCCUCAUACCGCUGUCCUUCUGCGCCGUAUCGCUCAUAUUCCUCUCGGCCUAUCUGCCCACAUUCGACCUGCAUGCCGUCCAGGAGGCCUUCCACCAGUGGCAGCACACCCACCGGCUGAAGCGGCAGCUCUCGCGGCCUAUGGCGGCCAGCAAGGCGCUCACCCACCUGCAAGCCCAACAUAUCGGCGAGAAUGACAGUGACGUCCUCUAUCAUGAGCAUGCGCCAGACGGCCACUUGAGCAUGCGGGAUGCAAUGCUGUCAGCUCUGAUGAUGGGUGAUGUGGAGGCUCUGGUGCCUCUGCUGCGGCGAUGCGUGUCCUACUGGGAAGGCUGGCCGCCGCUGCUCGACAGCGACAAGGAGAGGGGGUGUGGAUCUGCCUGGUCUUCGGCUCUGUAUCUGUCCCUGUUGGGCGAGUAUGCCGUCUAUCUGGAUGUGCUGGAGCCGCGUGGCUUGGCUGUGGACGCAUUUCGCAACUGGACGGCACGCGGGGCGACAAACGCCGUUAGGGGCAUGAAGGAGCAUCUGUCUGAGCGAGAGGAGGGGCAACUCUAUGUGCUGCCCAAGAUUACGGACGUCAUUGAGGAAGACGGCACACCACCAGACCACAUGCAGGCGCAUCAUCAUCUUGGUGCCGGCAGCGUGCUGCAGGCGGUGUAUGCGCACGCGCUGCACAUGUCGGACCACCUGCUGCGAGUCGACACCCCGGUGAAGGACGAGCUGCGACCCCUCUCCCGCCGCCUCGUCCGCACCCUCCUCACCGCUCUGUACGACAACACCACCAGCCUCUUCAUGCCGAGCAAGGACCUCUCUGGCGAGGAGCGGGAGCGUGAGCAUGACCACCAUCACCACAGCCCUUCUGCCGUGCUGGACACCUUUCUGGUGCUGUACUGGCUGCCGCCUGUCCAUGAGGAGCUGCUGCGGGAUGUGGCACACCGUGUGGAGGCACAGAUGAAGGAGGCUGAGUCGGCGGCAGGGUGGGUCCACUUUGUGGGCAGCAGGGCAUCCGCAGACAAGAAGAGGCACCCACGAGUGACGCCAUGGGAACAGGUGAGGGCAUGUUCAAGCGAACAAGACCUGGGAAGGAGGGACAGUCAUUUGCGCGCGCACGCGUGUGUGUGUGUGCAUAGGUGUUUGCCCACCUGGCUGGCCUGCGGUGGGGGAUGGAGGAGGUGGAGCGCGUGGCGGGACGAACCACUGAGGCACUGGAGCACAUCAAAGCUGGUAAGGCACUGUAUCAACUCGGAACGGCAGACAGACAGGUGACCAUUCUUGGAUUGUCCCCCUCUCUCUGACCCAUUCAUUCAUUCAGGCUAUCCGCAACGGCUGGAAGGUGGCUCAAUUUUCCUGUCUGACCCAAGUGGAGGCCUCCGCAGAAAGGCAAGCCCAGCGAGCCACCCCCUGAUUGGCCAGCUCUCACUCAACUGCCUGUUGCUGUUGUUCGAUUACCUGUGUGUGUCUGUCAGGGUGCGCCCCUCUCCUCUCUGCGGUCAUGGACCGCCAAAGGCCAUCCCCUGCAGCUGCUUACCGUCGCCACACAUGAGUACUUCCGUCUUCUGCAUCACUCGCCCUUUCAUCGACUCGCCCCGUUGGCCAAGUCGCUCGCGCACCAGAGGCCGCUCAGGGACAUGACAGAGAGGAGGUGGCUGCACUUCACGCGCACAUACACCGAGGAGGAGCGGCUAACAGGGAGGGGAAGGGAGCCCUGGAAGGUCUGUCGGAUGGCUCUGUCGCGGCUGCCACUGCUGCUGGCCGCUGCUGUCUACUGCCGGCCGGACAGGUGGCGGAGGAAAGUUGCGGUCAAGGCGGACACCAAUGGCCAUCCUGAGGACCAUCUGAAGGGCAAGAGAAAAGGCAAGAUCUCCAGGAGGAUGAAGAGCAGCAGCCGGCGAGGGCCUGAUGAGUCGUCAUGGGAGUGGAACUGCGGCGCUUUAUCAUGGGGAUGGCGCUCGACCCACCCCUUGUUCCUCCCGGCCUCUGUGGAUGUGCCUGCCGCCCUCCCUCACACGUGGAUAUCUCUCGAGGAGAUCGAUGACGACCACUGCGACUGCCCCGACACCGCACUGGACGAGCCCUUCUCGUCUGCAUGUGCUGGACAGAGGCCACCCACCCCUGACGCCCACACACCGCCGCGCAGUCACUACCGACAGCCUCCGGCCCCUCCGCUGUCUUCACAGCACCAAAUGAAGCAUUGGUGCCCGGCUGAGGUGCGGUUCGUGCCGUUGUCUCGUGUGCAUGAUGGGGUGAGCGACUGCUGCGACGGGUCAGACGAGUUGAGAGGGAGCGAGGUGAGGGGGGAGGGUGGCAUUGAUAGGGGGAGGAGGGUCGGGGGGGUCUGGGAUGAAUAUGAGAGGGGGGAGGUGGCUGACGUGUGUGGGUGAUGGACUGACUGGACGAGGCAUGAUGAUGCAUAGAUAGGGGGAUGGGUGGGUCUGGCGAUCGACGCUGGGUGUUGUGACGAUUCAGCUGGCCUUCGUUUUUGUGUCGUUUGUCGUGUGACUUGACCGACUUACCAUGUCAAUAUGACCUUCGUGCGCGUGUGACCGUUGAGCGGAAAGGCAUAGAGUAGUGUUCGAACACGUAAGCCACCGGUUUUGACCAUACACCCGGCCCCUCACACUCCCACACAUACAAACUCACACCUUCAUUCACUUCAUGACAGCCAGAUAUCUAUGCUGUCCCUCCCGCACUUCGGGACUGCGGUGGCAAGCCAGCAGCCUGCGCAUGCAGUAAGUAACACAUAAAGGUGGGUGGGCAGCAUUGCAACCUACCUACACUGGCUGCGUCCGGACUCGUUAGUUACAUGUAUCGAUGUGCUCUACUACCGGUGGGUGCUGUGGACGGGUCCAUUGAUGAAUGAAUGCUUCGUCUCUUCGUCGCUUCCCGACACGUUGUCUCUUUUCAGCCUCUCAUGGCUGCCCACACUUUAUAUUUGAGUGGCGAGUGGUCUUCGCUGGUACCAGCUGGCUCGUUUCACUGUUUUGAAGGGGCGCACAUCUCUGUGAUGUGCUUGUCUUCAGUGUGCUGUAAGCUUAGGGGUGAAGAUUUCACAUGAUGCAAUGACGUACGCUUCAGAAGAGACACAAAACUGACACAAAUGGUAUCAUGUUACCUCCAACGCAUCUGUCUG